GAUGAUGCCGAAUGGGCAGCGCGACUGGCCGAUCUUCGCAAAGGAACGAAACUUGAAUCGUCCGGUUCUACGUCGAAGGCGGCCCGCACCGUCAAGCAAACCACAGCCAAUCGCGGGGCCGACUUCUCCCAGAACUCGUCCACGACGGGAGCAGACGCGGACGAUGACAUGUCUCCGGUCAUGUCUCCCAAAUAUGGUGCCCAGGCUAGCGGACCGAGCGGACAGGAUGUUUCCGACAUGCUCGAGCCCGCCAGCAUUGGCCCCUCGGUCCUCCGCGUGACCGAGAGCCCCAAUCCCCAGCCGACUCGCACCAGAAAGCCGAACACCCAAUCUGCUCCGGCACAAGAGUCCAAGAAGCAGCGGCAGAACCGCAAGAAGGCCGAGGAGCGGAAGGCCAUCCAAGACCAAGCGGAGAAAGAGCGCCAAGUGCUUCUCGAAAAGCAGCGACGCCAGGCCCGCGAAACUCGCGGGGAAUUGGCAAAAGAUGGUUCGGCGUUCAUGCGCUCGGCCCCUGCGACCAACGCAUGGGCCGGUCGUGCACCGAACGCGCCAUCGACGGGCCCCGUGAACGGCACCCAAGCAACCUCCCUUCUCGACACGUUCGAGCCCCACCCCCCCUCUCCAUCCAGCUCGACUGACCUCGCGACCAGCGCCGCGUCCACCUCGGCGUCGGGGAAGAACUGGGAGCGCGACCUCCCGUCGGAAGAGGAGCAGAUUCGGAAGAUCAUGGAAGAUGACGAGAGCAUGUGGAACACGGUAUCGAGCAAGAAGAACCGCAAGAAGGCCCCGGAAUCGACCAACGGCGCCGGUGGC